CUGUAGCCAUCAAUCCUUCUUCCACUUCCAGCUGGUACCUUUUACCUCCAUACCAUAUUUCAUCUUUAUAUACCCUCUCUCUCACUUUCUCUCCUUCCAUUCUCAUUCUUCACAUUCUCCUCUUCUCUCUCUCUCUCUCUCUGAAUUCCUUCUGUUCAGGAAUUUGGAGAGAUCACUUGUGAUACUGCAAGGUAAGAUAAAAAACUUUUGGACAAGGAAGAAAAUAUGGAGUUUUCCAUGAUUUUCAUUCUCAGCAACACUCUGCUGCUUCUCAGUUCAUCAGCAUUUGCCAAAACUGUUAGCCCUCCCUCUCCCCCUCUGAGCCCGACUCCGGCUCCCGCCCCAGCACCGGAUUUCGUUAACCUCACUGAGUUACUCGCGGUUGCUGGUCCCUUCCACACCUUCCUUGAAUACCUCGAGUCCACAAAAGUGAUUGACACUUUCCAAAACCAAGCCAACAACACUGAAGAAGGAAUCACCAUCUUUGUGCCAAAAGAUAGUUCCUUCUCAGCUCUGAAGAAACCUUCCCUGUCCAAACUCACCAGUGACCAGUUAAAGCAAGUGAUCCUCUUCCAUGCCUUGCCAAAAUACUACUCUCUUGCUGACUUCAAAAACCUUAGCCAAACUGGUUCCACUCCCACAUUUGCUGGUGGAAGUUACUCCUUGAAUUUCACUGAUGAUUCUGGAACUGUGCAUAUCAAUUCAGGAUGGUCAAAGACCAAGGUUACUAGUGCUGUUCAUUCCACAGAUCCUGUUGCAAUAUAUGAGGUUGGUAAGGUUCUCCUUCCUGAGGCCGUUUUUGGCACUGAUAUUCCUCCAACACCUGCUCCUGCACCAGCUCCUGAAAUUGCACCAGCUGCAGAUUCUCCAAUUGAAAAAAGUGCUGACAGCAAAGCAUCUUCUCCAUCAUCACCUGAUGGUUCAUCUUCUUACAAGAUCCUCAGCUAUGGAAUCUGGGGCAACCUUGUCCUUGCAACUUUUGGUGUGCUGGCUAUGUUGUAAUGGGGAAUGAAUGAUCUAUUGAAUAUUUAAUUUAGAUUUAUGGUGAUGUAUCUACUACAUUUGGUGCUAUUUGCUUUGAUCUGAAUCCAUUUUUUCUGAACAUAAAGUGUUAUUCAAUAUAUGUAUGAGAAAGUGAUUUCUAUUA